AGACGGACACUUCCAGGUCGGUCAGACAGACGGACUCGACUCCACUUCCUCUCUGACAACACAACCAGUAAGGAUGUCCAUCACUAAGAUUCACGCUCGUGAGAUUCUGGACUCCAGAGGAAACCCCACAGUGGAGGUGGACCUAUGGACGGCCAAGGGUCUGUUCAGAGCUGCAGUCCCCAGCGGUGCUUCGACAGGUGUCCAUGAGGCGCUUGAGCUCCGUGACGGAGACAAGAGUCGUUACCUUGGCAAAGGUACAAUGAAGGCUGUGGAACAUGUGAACAAGCACAUCGCCCCCAAGCUGAUUGAGAAGAAGUUCAGUGUUGUUGAGCAGGAGAAGAUCGACAAGUUCAUGUUGGAGUUGGACGGAACUGAGAACAAAUCUCAGUUCGGUGCUAACUCCAUCCUGGGCGUGUCUCUCGCCGUCUGUAAGGCCGGAGCGGCGGAGAAGGGCGUUCCUCUCUACCGCCACAUCGCGGACCUCGCUGGACACAAAGAAGUCAUUCUUCCUGUUCCUGCCUUUAACGUGAUUAACGGAGGAAGUCACGCUGGAAACAAACUGGCCAUGCAGGAGUUCAUGAUUUUACCAGUUGGAGCCGCCAACUUCCACGAGGCCAUGAGGAUCGGAGCCGAGGUUUAUCACACCUUGAAGAACGUGAUCAAGGCCAAGUAUGGGAAAGACGCCACCAACGUGGGAGACGAGGGCGGCUUCGCCCCCAACAUCCUGGAGAACAAUGAGGCUCUGGAGCUUCUGAAGUCGGCUAUUGAAAAGGCCGGUUACCCCGACAAGAUCAUCAUCGGCAUGGACGUGGCGGCCUCCGAGUUCUACCGCAGCGGAAAGUACGACCUGGACUUCAAGUCCCCGGACGACCCGUCCAGACACAUCAGUGGACAGCAGCUGGGAGACCUGUACCGCAGCUUCAUCAAGGACUACCCCGUUCAGUCCAUCGAGGAUCCGUUCGACCAGGACGACUGGGAGAACUGGAGCAAGUUCACUGCCUCUGUGGACAUACAGGUCGUAGGAGACGAUCUGACCGUGACCAAUCCCAAGAGGAUCCAGCAGGCGGUGGACACCAAGGCCUGUAACUGUCUCCUGCUCAAAGUCAACCAGAUCGGAUCAGUGACAGAGUCCAUCCAGGCGUGUAAGCUGGCUCAGAGCAGUGGUUGGGGGGUGAUGGUGAGUCAUCGCUCUGGAGAAACUGAAGACACGUUCAUCUCUGACCUGGUGGUGGGACUCUGCACUGGACAGAUUAAGACUGGCGCCCCCUGCAGGUCAGAGCGUUUGGCCAAAUACAACCAGCUGAUGAGGAUUGAGGAGGAGCUCGGAGACAAAGCCAAGUUCGCCGGUAAAGAUUACCGUCGCCCGAAGAUCAACUGAAGCUCUGUGCCAACUUCCUUUCUGUCGCUGUGACAACCGACUGACACCUGAUGACCCCUGAGGCCACUCCCACUACAGCUGGGGGUGAGGGGUCAGAGGCCACAGAGGGUUUGACCCCGACUUCCAAGCUAUAAUUCCAUUAAUGAUGUUUUCUAUAUAAAACACAAAGAUUGAAUAAAAUUGACAGAGGAAAACAAA